CGCGCAGCACCUGGGGCAGCCGCGGAGUCCGGGAGCGGGGAGGAGACUGGAUGACGGCUCGUGCCUCAGGGCGGGUGCGGCGGCCCCCGGGGCAUGAAGGGACACGCGGGGACUCUGCCGCCCCGGCGGAGCCAAGCGGGAGCAGCAGUUCUUACUACUUUAAGUGGGGGAAAAUGAUUAGAGACUUGGUGGUGCUCUCAACAACAUGAUACAUGAACCCUCUCUUUCAUGGCGGAAGUACUAAUGCAUUAGAAGAUGGAGCCAUCCAUACAGCAGAUGGUACGUGAACAAUACACCACAACAACACAAGGCACCAGACUAGAGAGGCCGGAGAACCAAUAUGUCUACAAAAUUGGCAUUUACGGCUGGAGAAAACGAUGCCUCUACCUGUUUGUCCUUCUUCUGCUUAUUGUCCUAGUUGUGAAUUUUGCUUUGACAAUUUGGAUUCUUAAAGUGAUGUGGUUUUCUCCAACGGGAAUAGGAUAUGUCCAUGUUACAAAAGAAGGACUUCAACUGGAAGGAGAGUCAGAAUUCUUAUAUCCUUUGUAUGCCAAAGAAAUUCGCUCUAGAAUGGAUUCAUCACUACUUCUACAGUCUGCUCAUAAUGUGACUGUGAAUGCUCGUAAUUCAGAUGGUGAAAUCACAGGCAGAUUAAAUGUGGGGCCUAAAAUGGUAGAAGUCCUUGGUCAGCAAUUUCAAAUCAACUCCAUAGAUGGCAUACCUCUUUUUACAGUGGAUGAAAAUGAAGCUGCAGUUGGUACAGAUAAACUUCGAGUCACAGGGCCAGAAGGGGCUAUUUUUGAACAUUCUGUAGAGACACCGCUUGUCAGAGGUGAUGCAUUUAAACAUCUUAGAUUGGAAUCACCAACUCGGUCUUUGAGCAUGGAUGCACCAAAAGGAAUUAAUAUUAAAGCACAAGCUGGCAAUAUUGAAGCUCUCUCUCAGAUGGAUAUUAAAUUGCAUAGCAGUGAUGGAAUGCUUUUGCUUGAUGCUGAAACCGUGCGACUACCCAAACUGCCUGAAGGGACAAGGGGCGGAUCUGAUUGGUCUCAGGAACUCUAUGAGAUCUGUGUUUGUCCAGAUGGAAAGCUUUACUUGUCAGCAGCUGGUCACUAUUCAACUUGCCAGGAAUACAGUCAUGUCUGUCAAUAAAGCACCUGCAUAUGCCACAUUUUCUCUAGCUAUUCUCUUAUAUUGGUUUGUAACAAAGCAGUAACAAUAGCAGGAUUUCCAGGAUUUUUAAAGCAAUCACAAUAAUCUAGGAAACAAAUUUACAUUCUGAAUUCUAGAUUGUAUGGAAAAAAGCAAAAGAGCACAAUUAAAAUUUUAACUUCAACAGAAGUGUUUGAACCAAAAGAAAUGUUCUGGUAAUGACAUUUAGAAGUUAGCCAUAUAGUAAGUUAAAAAAAAUCAAAAGGAUUUAUUUUCAUCAUUGACCUGCUAUUCAGUCAGUCAGUUGUGUAAUUGUUAAUAUUGCCUAGCUCUAUGUUUUUUUUCUCUUAAUACAUGUAAACAUUCGCUAGUAACACAAACUGCAUUAGUGUGUGAAAUUUAGUUUAAGAAGAUACUUUAGCUAUUUGAUAAGAGGAAAGCAUUGUUUGGCAAAUUCAGGUAGUGCCAGCAAAUGCGCUAUGCAAUUUUGUUCUUGCAAAAACACAAACCAUGAAAGCUAUGUUCUUUGUAUGAACCUUGUACAACUGUGAUAACUGUGUUUAACUGAUAAAAAUCCUUUAUUUCUGGAUAGGCAAAGCAUGUGUAGAUUUGCUUAUUACUGGGAUUCAUAAAAAAAAUCACAAACAUUAAUGUGAAAUUUCUAAGAUUACUGAUUUCUAACACUUUUUGUCAUCUGAGUUGUUAAUUAUACAAAAGUGAAAUAUAUUAGCACAUCCAACUCCAGCCAUAGCUCUUUGUACUGCAUGGACCAGGAUACUCAUUUGAAAGCCUUUUUUAACUUUUACAGUGUGAUAAUAAUUAGAAAUGGGAAAUUUGCUUUCCUCUUGACUACAGGCCAACUGCACUUUAAAAGAAAAAAAUCUUAAUGAUGGUUUCACCUUUCUCAAAUAUAUUAUGCUAUUUGAUAGGUAGACAAAGUUCCUCUUCUUGAAACUCUCAAGUCACCUAAAUGCAGACCCCUUAGCCUGUGUAGAGCCUCCAUAAUAAACUAUUUGGGACUUAAUGGCUUUAUAGGGUUUUAGGAACAGAGCCUUAUGGAUAUUUAGGUACCUAAUUCCCACUGAUGUCAAUAGGACUUAGAGGACAGAUCCAUGAAAAUACUCAGGCACCUAAAUGCUGGCACUGGGAGCUAGACAACUCCCACCAAACCUUGUAGGCAUCUAGAUGCUCUCAGUACAUAAGUUUUCUAGAAUAAAAAUUCCUUAGGUUCCUCUGCCUGUGUGCAUGAGCACUGCUGCUUCCUUCUAAAUGUUCAGACACAUGUCUCCUGCCUACACCCCAGAGUGAUUCAUGAAACAGGGCAUGACAGACAUGUGGAGGGCAUGUUCCAAGCACACACAUCAGAUCUGUUUGCUUUCUAAACCUGAAUGCCUUUAUUGUUAGCCCAGCCAUUAGUACACUCACUGGGGAAGGGGAGACAUAUGUUCAAGUCCCACCCUCCUCUCCUUAAAGUGUCCCACAUCUAGGGUUGCCAGGCAUCUGGUUUUCGACCAUUGGUGACCACAACUAAUGGAAGCUGUGGAGCAAUGCUGCAGAUGUGAGGGCAGCAUAUAGAACCUUCCUGGCUGCCCCCCAGAGGCAACAAGAACCCAGCAGCCACUUCCUGACAGCCACAAUAAAUGUCACCAGGAUUCAGCAACCACUCCCACAUGCCAACCUACUCCCCAGCUGUGAGCCCCCCUUGUGCACACAAAACUCAUCCCCAGCCGUACCCAAGAACCUGCCCUCCCAGAUGGAGCCCUCAUCCCCUCUGCACUCCUGACCCCACCCAGAACCUCCUACAUCUCAAACCUCAUCCCUAGCCACAUCUCUGUACUCCUCUCCCCUGCCAGAGCCCUCCCCUUCCAUACACAUAGCCAACAUCCUGACAUCCUGGCACCCUCUCCUACAUGCUGAACCCUUCAUUUCUGUCCCCAGCCAGAGCCCGCAUGCCUCCCUAUGCCCCAAACUCCAGCCCUUUGAAAGUGAGUGAGCAUGGGGAGAGCAAAUGAUGGAGGGAGGGGGAUGGAGUGAGCAUUGACCAAGGCCUCAGCAGGGCAUGGGGAGAGGCAGGAGUGUUUGGUUCUGUGCUAUUAGAAAGCUGGCAAUCCUACCCAUGUGUCAGGUAUGCUCACUGGGCAGUGGGAUGCCCAUAAGCUCUUCUGGUGAACUGUUCCACUUUGACUAAAUAAUGAAAGAGUAGGACGGGGUGGCCAACCCAUUAAACAAAGAAAGCCAAAACAACGGCGGAAAAAAUAAGAGCUUCACCAGAAUUGUCAAGCAAAAACAAAAAAAUUAAAAAAAAAAUUUUUGUAAGGAGGUUGCCUCUUUAAGACAGCCACCAUCUUGGGCGCAUGCAGCUCUUGCCUCCCAAAAGUGCAGCUCAUGAAGCUGCUCCCCCCCCCAAAACUGUCCCCGCCAGCUCCCCUCUGACCUGGUAAGCACAGAGAAGCCAGGGGCUGGAGGGGAGCCAGCGGGGGCAGUUUGGGGGGACAGGAGCGGCUUUGCGAGCUGCACUUUUGAGAGGCACGAGCCACAUACAGCUCAUGAGCUGCGGGUUGGCCACGGCUGGAGUAGGAAGAUGCCCACCUGCAGGUGGGUGCACUAACCACAGCAUUAAAGACACGUUGUCACACUCUUUGGCCCAAUAACUGGUCCACCAAGAAGAACCACUUCAUAGUCAUUAGGGCAGCAAGAGAAAGUGCAAGAGAAUGACUUCAUAGCCCAGGAGUUAGGGCAUCCCCACGGUAGGCAAGAGGCUCUGGCUACAUGGUCCCUGUUCUGAUCAAUUGUUCAUUAUUCACAGCAGAACAGCUUCGACAGAAGAGACUACAGAAGCCACACAUCAUAAACUCAGUGAUGAGACACCUUUCUUGACAUGUGGAUGACUCUUUAAAUCCCUGGUACAGCUGGGGGGAAAUUGAACCUUUGAGUUCUGCACAUGCAAAGCAAGUGCUUGAACUGCUAGGGUGAAGAUUAACAGUGGUCCCCAUGGAUACUCCACUCUAGGUGAGUGUAUAGAAGUAGUCAGUGUGCACUCCGGAUCAACGAUUUUCUGCAACAAAUAACACUGCAGAUGCAACUGCUGAGUCUGCAGCUAGGCAUCAUACUAUGGCAUAAUGACACAUGAAAGAGGUGCUGGAAGCCCAGGUGACUGCUCGGCAAAUAUCACUCAGUGGGACUCCUCAGGCGAUGGCUAUGGAAGUUGCUACCGCUCUAGUAGAAUGUGCAUUCGGUUGUGUGAGAAGAGGUUUAUCCCUUAACGAAUGAAAUGAAAGAGAAAGUUCCAAGCUCUGCAGGUGGACGACGUAGUCAAGGAUAUGGUGUAGAGAAGCACCCUGAGGCUCGAUGUUGCUGCGAGAGCACGAUUGCGAAUAUCUACGCCAUUUUGCAAGAUAAGUACUCUGAGUGGAUGAUUUUUUACUGUGUAUUAGUAUCAUUUUGACUUGAUCUGAACAGAGGUCCUCUCCUGGCCUGAGCCAGUUAGGAGCCAUGCCGUCAGGUGUAGGGAGUCUGGUUUGGGGUGAAGGAGAGAACCGUGGUCCUGUGAGAGAAGAUCUGGGAGGGGAGGAAGUGGCCAAGGUGGCGCUACUGACAUGUUGUGUAGGAAUGGGUACCAUGACUAUAUCCACCAAGCUGGAGCUAAGAGAAUUACAGUUGCCAAUUCUGCUUUGAUUUUUUCCAACGUUCUGGGAAUGAGGACCGUUGGGAGAAAAGCGUAAAGGAGUGCUUUUGUCCAGUUGAUUAGAAGAGCAUCCCCGAGUGAACCCUUGCUGAUGCCUGCUCUGGAGCAAAAGAGGCGACACUUCGCGUUGCUGGAAGUGGCGAACAGAUCUAGCACAGGUGUUCCCCACAUGCGAAAGAUGUGUUGGAGAAUAUCCGUCCUUAUUUCCCAUUCGUGAUCCAUAGGAAGUCUCCUGCUGAGAGCAUCUGCGAUGACAUUGCUGGUGCCAAGUAAGACGCUGUGACGGGGAUGUCGUUUUCUAUGCACCAAUUCCAAAAACGCACCGCUUCUGCACAUAAGGAGCGUGACUUUGCUCCUCCUCGUCUGUUUAUGUAAUACAUUACAGCUGAUGUAAUACCAUCAGCACUCUGGUGGGAGUGCCCUUUAUGUGCGAGUGAAAGUGUCUGUAUGCAUGGAAGAUGGCCCUCAGCUUCAGGAGGUUUAUAUGUAGAUGCCUUUUGGAAAGCGACCAUUUGCCCUGUAUGCGUUUUCUGCUCAUGUGUGUGCCCCACCCGAUGAGGGAAGCAUCCAUUGUUAACUGAAAGGAUGGUUGUGGAUGGUGGAAUGGAACUCCCGUCAUAAGAUUUCCUGACUUCAUCCUCCAGAGGAGGGAUAUGCAAACAUGAUUUAGAGGAGCCACUAUUUUGUGAAUGCUGUGCUUUGAGGGCGUAUACACGAUUGCCAGCCAAUGUUGUAGACACCAUAAGUGAAGACGUGUGUGAGGGACAACAAAUGUGGUCGUGGCCAUAUGGCCAAGCAGCCUCAGGCAAGUGUGUACUGAAAUUGUUGGAGCCUGAGUGACUAUGUGUACCGGAUCUUGAAUUGACUGGAAUCUUUCCAGUGGUAGGUAUGCCUUUGCGGUGAGGGAGUUGAGCAUGGCUCCUAUAAACUUUAUGCUUUGGGUUGGGUUGCGGGUGGACUUUUGUUUGUUCACUAUGAGGUCCAGAGUCUCAAACGUUUGCUUGACUAAUAUCACCAUGUGAGAGGUCUCCUGCCUUGUUGUGCCCUUGAUUAGGCAUUUGUCAAGAUAUGGGAAGAUGACCUUUAGUCGGCAGAGGUGCGCUGCAACAACAGCUAGGGUUUUUGCAAAGACCGUUGGGGCUGAUGCCAGACCGAAGGGCAACACCCGAUAUUGGAAGUGCUCGUUGCCUAUUACAAAAUGAAGGAAUCGCCUGUGCGCAGGGUAUAUGGUGAUGUGAAAAUAAGCAUCCUGUAGGUCAAGGGCUGCAAACCAAUUGUUGUGGUCAAGAGACGGGAUUAUCGUGGUAAGUGUCACCAUCUUGAAACACUGAUUUCGAAGGUAACGAUUCAACCGGUAUAAAUCGAGGAUGGGUUUCCAACCCCCACUUUCUUCUGCGUUAGAAGUAACAUGAAUAGAACCCUCUUCCUCUGAAUUGACUUGGGACCCUCUCUAUCGCCCCUAUGAUAAGAAGGCGAUGCACCUCGAGGUGUAAGAGUUCUUUGUGAGAUGGGUCCCUGAAGAGGGAUGGGGUUGGUGGGAGGAAGGGAGGUGAAGGGAAUCAUGAAUCCUGAUCGUAUGAUCUCCAAUACCCAUCUAUUGGACGCUAUCUUGUCCCAUUGAUGGUAAAAGGGCCACAGACGAUGGUGAAAAGGGGAGGCGGUGGUGGCGGUGGUCAUGACAAUGAUUGGUGCGUGCGAGCCCUCGACCAAGGAGUCAGACUUGCUACUUUGAAGAAGGUGGGUUGGUCGCACGUGGUGGUUGGGGUCGCCUUCGUUGUGGUUGUUGUUUAGGACGCGCCUGACCAAAUGAGCACUGCUGUUGCCUAUGAAAUCGGUAGUCAUAUCUCCUUUGGUAAGAAUAAUACCCCUUGCGCUGGAAAGGAGGAGUGUACAUACCAAGUGUCCGCAAGGAGGUACGAGAAUCUUUUCCCAUGUGCAGGACCUCAUCUGUCUUAUCCACAAACAGUUUAAGUUUGUCAAAGGGCAAAUCCUCGACUUUAUUCUGCAGUUUUUUAGGAACUCCUUCUGUUGCUAAUCAUGACGCCCUUCUCAUGGAUAUUGCGGUGGCAAUGGAUCGUGCUGCGGUAUCAGCCAUAUCCAUGGCAAUUUGAAGUCCUGCCCUGGAACAUACGUAACCCUACUGAACCACAGCUCUCAAGAGUGCCUUAUUGGCCUCUGGCAGAUGACCAAUCCUCACACUGAGGAGAAGGAAGCGCCACCAGCAACUGAGGACGGUUGAGAGGAAUUGGCAGGAGCCGGACCGCGCGACAGUAGAAAGGCGCGAACGGCGCGAGACACUAACCGUGCAUGCGCGCAGUCCAGCUGACUAUGGCUGUAAAAUCCUCCAACCAGCGGCGCCAGGACGAGCCCAACACCUAGAGUGGAGCACCCAGGGGGACCACUCGAAGAAGAAAAAGAGAUUUAUUUUGGUUAUUUUCAAUUUGUCAGAGGUGUGGAAAAUGCUAAACUUGAGACUAUCUACCGUA